UCAAAUGAAUCAACGUAUAUUUUUCGUCGUCUGUACACAACGCAGCCUGAAGGGUUAAAAAAAUUAAUGGAACAUUUGUCUACUGGUACAUUGCUGAAUUGCAGCGGAAUAAAGGUGGAAGCUGCAAAAGCAUUCAAAAACCGAAAAAUCAUAGCUUAUUACUUUUCGGCGUCAUGGUGCGGUCCAUGCAAGCAACUGUUGCCAAAAAUGAAGGCCAUCUAUAAAGAAAACAAAUCUCGCAAAUCUGGACUUGAAAUUAUUUUCGUAUCUUCGGAUACUGCAGCUCCAGAAAUGUUGAAGUACUUUCAAGAACGACAUGGCGGUUGGUAUGCUGUACCUUUCGAGGAUUCCGGCGGAGAAAUUUUGCGACAAAUCUACAAUAUAACAUUCAUACCACAAAUCAUUGUAACAAAAGACGACGGAACAAUAAUAUCACGCGAGGGUACCAAGGAUGUGGAAGAACUAGGCAUAGAUGUGCUUAAGGCGUGGAAUCCCAGUUCCAUCUAAUGAAAACAAAUUAUAAUUUUAUUUUUUUAUUAUUAUUAAACCAAGAUAAUAAAAGUCUAUUCAUCGGCGAC